CUAUAGCAAAAACCUCUCCAAAAAAGAAAACAAAAACAAACAAAAAAUCAAAAGCUGACGUGACACUGUCCCUCAGAGAAGCAGGGUCUGCAGGAUGCAGCUCUAAGUCCCACCUGAACUGCCUGAGGCAGCAGAGGCAGCCACCAGAGGGCGCUCUCUCCUCCCCGCUCCCGCUCGCUGGAUAAAUGGGCCAAAAGUUCUGUCCGCUGAGUCUGUGUGUCCACACAGCGGCCGCCUGUCUGGCCUCUGGGAGGCUCUGGCAUCCCAGUGGUGUGUCCACACGGUUGGCUUCCUUCCCCCCGCCCUCCCUGUGCCCUGACUCACUGGGGUUUUGUGCUCAGACUCAAAGAGCUCCAUUGACAACAGGGCUGGGGUCGGUUCCUCUCCCUGCAGCCCGGUCUGCAGGGUGGCAAGACCAGCCAAAUGCCAAAGGCCCCGGCCACAGGGCCAUGGAGCCCCUCCCUGAUGGCUGGGCCAGGCCCGCAGAGACAGCCCAGCAGUGGAGAGGAGACCAGCAGUGUCCGGGAACAAAGAGAGGCACCUCACCGGGCAAGCAGGCCACUCCCCGGUCACUGGGGCUCCUAACUGCCCCAGAGCAUCUCGGAUGCUGAGGCAGCGGGGCCUCCCGGGGCUGGCUGCGGCGUGGGUGGUCCUGCGGCUCUCAGGCUACUGACUUUCUUCCUAGGGAGAGGUUCCAGGGAGGGACCAGCAGGGAGUGGCCUGGCUGGGAUGGUCAGGGGACAGAGGCCAAAAGGCCCUGCGGAAAGUGCGGGGACUCAGGGAGGGCUGCUCCUCUCCCCCAGCCCCAGGGUCAGCUGCCCACCCAGCUCACAGCCCAGCCCGAGCAGGGGGAGGGAGAAGAGGAGAGGGAGAGGGGAGAAGGCGAGAAGGACGAGGGGCAGGGGAGCGUGUUGCAAGCGGACCUCAGGGGCAGGGAAAGGGCUGGAGGUAGGAAGUUGUAGGACAAGUUCCAGUCAGGGCUCCCUCGGGCUCCCCCUCUCGACGGUAACUUGACACUUGGAUCUCCAGGACGACAGACAACAGAAAAGCCAGGCAGACCGCAGCUGGCUGUCAGCGGUGCUGGCUCAGGAGGCACCCGCCCACGGUCGGAGGAAGUACAGGACAGGCGUGAGGCUCCCGACACCUGAGCUCCCAGGAGCCUGGCGGCACAGCAUGGCAGCGGCCAGCUUCUUGCAAGAGAUGCGCUCUGUGGGAGAGCGGCUGCUGCUCAAGCUGCAGGCGCUGCCCCAGGCCGAGCCCGUGGAGAUUGUGGCCUUCUCGGUCAUCCUCCUGUUCACAGCCACGGUCCUGCUGCUGCUGCUGAUCGCCUGCAGCUGCUGCUGCGCUCGCUGCUGCUGCCCCGAGCGGAGAGGCAGGAAGGUCCAGGUGCAGCCCAUGACCUCACCUUGAGCAGCGAGGCUGAGGACAUGCCGAGGACUGGUCCGGCACGACGGAGGCU